AUGGGUUGUAGUGUGGUGGAUUUGUUUGGGUUUGAAGAUGUUAUUUUUGGAGCAUGUUGUCAUGGGAUGAGUCGUGUGUGGGGUUUGGGAGGAGGAGGUGGUGGGGGUGGGGAUGAAGAGACAACAGUCGGUGAGGGCACUCUGAUAGAAGGGGAGGGAGCACAUGUAGUAGCAUGUGGGGGAGAAUGA